AUGUCGUCAAAACGUGUGGACCCUCGUUGGCUAUUCGACCACCCAAUUGAGGAAGUUAUAAGCGGCGAUGAACAUCUCCAACGUGUUAUCAACAGGCCAAUAUAUACUAUUACAUCGAACGAUCUUGCUGGACCAUCAGGAGUAAGGCGCAUUGAUCCAGUCGCAAGAGUGCAUAACAUUAAUGCAACUGAGAAAAAAAAAUCGAAUAAAAAAUCUACUGACAAAAAAGUUUCUGAAAAAAAAGCUAUAGACAAAAUAGUUUCGGAAAAGAAAACUGGCGAUAAGAAAAAUGACAAAAAGAUGGAUAAAAAAGUAACUGACAAACGAGAUUCCGACAAAAAGCUAAAGGAGAAAAAAAAGGCUGAGAAACGGGAAGCCGAAAGAAAAGCUCUUGAAAAAGAACAAGCGGAGAAGAAAAGAAAAAUAAGGAGUCAUCUUCGAAUGGCUCAAAAAUUAGAAGAAGGAAUUCAAGCAUAUGAAGAGAUUGGAGCUGAAGACCCGAAGAAGGGAAUCGUACGCCGAUCCUUAGCCAGACUCGUGCGCAGCGUUCGGAAUAAGAUUAGCGGCAAACGCCGAGCUAAGCCCCAAGACCGCUUCUUGGACAAAUUUGCGGCAAAAACAUUCGAUGACCCCGAAGAACCCAUCUACCAACCUACAAGAUGCAAAAUGUUCUGCGGUUAUAAGCUGGCAUUCGAUCCAACUAAGCCUUAUCAUUACUAUUGGCUAGCAGUGGUAUCACUGGCGAUUCUCUACAACAUGAUAUUUGUGAUUGGCAGAGCCAUUUUUUGGCACAUGAAGGGCGCAUGGUUUUGGUAUAUCAUUGACUAUAUCUGCGACGGCAUCUAUGUUAUGGAUACUGUGGUCCAUAUGCACGAAUGCUACCUCGAGCAAGGACUUAUGGUGAAAAAGGCCGAGAUGCUACGUCUUCAUUACCUGAAAUCAAGUUUUUGGCGUUUAGACCUCAUCUCCGUGAUACCGACCGACUUAGUUUAUUACUGGUGGGCACCUGGAUCUUGCAGUGCUGACAGUUUGCCGUGCCCCAUUAUUGUACGGCUCAAUCGACUAUUGCGCUUGCCUCGAAUGUGGGAGUGGUUCGACCGUACCGAGACGGCGACAAGCUACCCCAACGCCUUUCGAAUUUGCAAGGUCGUUAUGGGUAUUUUGGUGCUCAUACAUUGGAAUGCGUGCCUCUAUUUUGCUAUCAGCUACGCGAUUGGCUUUGGUACUGACAACUGGGUCUAUAAUAUAACCGGAUCUCGUAAUGAAACUUUAGCUCAUCAGUACAUAUAUAGUUUCUAUUGGUCGACUUUAACUCUUACGACCAUUGGUGAAACGCCUCAGCCUGAAAUUGAUGCUGAGUAUUUGUUUGUCGUAGCUGAUUUUUUAGCAGGUGUCCUCAUUUUUGCCACUAUUGUCGGCAAUAUAGGUUCGAUGAUUUCAAAUAUGAAUGUAGCAAGAGUUGAAUUCCAAAAUAAAAUGGAUGGUGUCAAACAAUAUAUGGCUUUUCGUAAGGUUAGUGGUGAGUUAGAGGCCAGGGUUAUACGUUGGUUUGCGUACACUUGGGCGGAGAGUGGUGCUUUAGAUGAGGAAAAUGUUCUGUCGUCUUUACCAGAUAAAUUGAAGGCCGAGAUUGCUAUUCGCGUACAUUUAGAUACUUUGCGGAAAGUGAGGAUAUUUCAAGAUUGCGAGCCUGGACUGUUAGAAGCUUUGGUACUAAAAUUACGUUUACAAGUCUUUAGCCCUGGUGACUACAUCUGCCGUAAAGGAGAUGUGGGCAAAGAAAUGUAUAUCGUAAAGCGUGGUAGGCUACAGGUCGUCGCUGAUGAUGGUCAUACAGUUCUCGCUACAUUGAGUGCUGGCUCUGUAUUUGGAGAAGUUAGCGUUUUAGAGAUCGCUGGUAACCGUACUGGUAACCGGCGCACAGCUAACGUUCGCGCUCUAGGAUACUCUGAUUUGUUCUGCUUGGCUAAGCGGGACCUAUGGGAAGCACUUGCAGAUUAUCCAGAUGCUAGAAAUACUUUGACUGAACGUGGUUGCCAGCUCCUACGAAAGGACGGUCUUUUAGACGAGACCGUUUUCCAAAACGCCCAGAAGACGCAUCAAAGCCUUCAAGAGUCCGUGCGCCAGUUACAAGCAAGCGUUUAUGCGCUAGAGCAUCACAUCCGUAGUGUAAUGGCUAACAUUACUAAGGAGCAGGAAAUGAUCAAGGAGCGAAUAGAACAAAUCGAAGCGCAAUUUCUCCGUCUAUAUCGUAAGGGUUGUUUUCGAUCAAGUGGUAAAAAGUCAUCUAAAAAAGUAUCAAAACCCAAAGAGGCUGAUCUAACAGUGAAAGAACCUCCACCAGUCAAAGAGCACAUUGAAGAGAUUACUAUUGACCUGGAAGACCCAAACGAAAAUGUCGUUGUAGAGCUACAAGAAAACGCUGCUAAAGAAGAAUGUAACGAAUUAGCUACUGAAGAAGACUUGAACGAAUUCGCUGCAGAAGAAUGUAAUGAAAGCCCCGAAGAACCUAAUGAGAGCGCUGGUGAAGGUCAAUCUAGCGUUGAAAAUCUCGUAGAAAUUGUUACUGAAGAAGUAAAGCAAAAUGUUAUUCCUCAAGAGCGACCUAGUCGGGAACGUGGACACUCACUUACUGUGGAAAGUACUCCUAUACUGCCAAUUGUAAUUGGGGUGAGGAGCACGUCCCUACCUCUUAAAAGUCAAACACGUUCAACUGAGAAAACUACGAAAAAAUCGAGUAUGAAG